CCUUGUUCAACAUAAAUUUGAAGGAGAAAAAAUGAGGAAAUCCGACUGCUCAAAGCUUCACAUUGCCAUGUUUCCAUGGGUUGCCUAUGGUCACUUCAUCCCCUUCCUUCAUCUCUCAAAUAAGUUGGCUCAGAAAGGCCAUAAAAUAUCCUUCCUUUUGCCUAAAGGAGUUCAACCAAAGCUUGAAAACUUGAGCCAGUUCCCAAACCUCAUCCAGUUCUUCCCUCUCCUUCUUCCUCAAGUCGAUGGUCUCCCUCCUGGUGCUGAAACCACAGCUGUUGUUCCUAUGAACCAGCAAAAGUACCUUGCUUUUGCAGUUGACCAAACCAGAGAUCGAGUUGAAUCCAUCUUCAAGGUUCUAAAACCUGAUAUUGUUUUUUAUGAUACAUGGUUUUGGAUCCCUGACUUGGCUCGCCAACUCGGGAUCAGCCCCGUAUUCUAUGUAGUGGCCGCCUCGAUGUCGGCGGGAAUGGUGUUAAAACAUAAGAAACUAACGAGGGAAACGACGGUAGAAGAGGCGAUAGAAUUGCCUCCCGGUUACCCUUCUUCCUCUGUGAGAUUCAAAGCUGAAGAGGCUCAUGCAUUGUUGUUUCUCGCUGAGGAUUUCGGGAGUGGAUUGUCAUUUGAAGAACGGAUGCACAAGAGUAUGAUAGGAAGUGAUGUCGUUGCCUUCAGGACUUACCGUGAAAUCGAGGGACCAUUUCUUGACUACUUUGCUCAACGAUCUGGUAAGCUUGUUUUGCUAUCGGGGCCUUGCUUGCCUGAAACAAAGACCCAACAGCUUGAUGAGAAAUGGGUUAGUUGGCUAAGCCAAUUCGAACCAGGGUCCGUUGUGUUUUGCUCGUUCGGAAGCGAGACCCAGUUGCAGAAAGAUGAGUUCCAAGAGUUGGUCCUUGGGUUCGAGUUAUGUAGACUCCCAUUUUUAGUAGCUUUAAAGCCACCCAAAGGAUGCUCGACUGUUGAAGAAGCACUGCCUGAGGGGCUCCAAGAGAGGGUUAAAGGGAGAGGGUUGGUUUAUGGUGGUUGGGUUCCACAAGAGCUGCUAUUGCACCACCCUAACAUUGGGUGUUUCGUAAACCACUGUGGAUAUGGAUCGAUGUGGGAGUUUUUGCUUAGUGACUGUCAGAUCGUGUUGAUUCCUCAAAUUUUUGAUCACAUCCUGAUUACAAGGUUGAUGGUGAAUGAACUCAAGAUUGGGGUUGAAGUUGAGAGAGGUAAAAACACGCAGAUCCCAAAGGAAUCAUUGAGUGAAGCCAUCAAGUUGGUGAUGGACAAGAAGAAUGAAACAGCAAAGAUGCUGAAGGCAAACCGUGACAAGCUGAAGCACACCCUUUCCAGCAGACAUCUUCAAGAAGAAUAUAUCAACAAUUUCAUUCAAGCUCUGCAGGAUCUUGUCAAAAAAUAGUCUUGAGUUGCAAAAUCCAGUGUAGAAUCCAAGCUCGGUGUAGCAGAUCAGUUUAUGGUGUCAUGUUCUUUAUUGUAGAUUCCUAGUUCUGUGUCGAG